AUGCGUUGGCCCUGUAAUCACCACUGGGGUAGCAGGAAGUGUAACGAAUAUGUCGACUCCUUGGGAGCAAAGUGCCUGGACUGCACGAAUCGCAAGGACAUGGACAGUACGCCAACGCAUACUCGAUUUGCGCAUAUGUACGAUGUGGAGCAAUUUGUUGAAGGGUUUCGCAAUGCAGGACUCAAUGCAGCGUGCGUCGUUGAGAUGAUGAAGGACGGCGCAUCGGAAAAGGCACUGCGUGAAGCAUUAUGCGUGGUUCAGGAGAACGAUGCUGCAUGGUAUGAUAGGAUCAAGUAUGUUGUCCCACAGGGGAUUAGUCGGUACAAAGCAGAGGAAGCAAAAGGUGAGGAGCUGAUGUAUGCACAAAGCAGGUAG